UCGACUGAGUGAAUGCAUUGCAUAUAAAUUCGAUCACCCGUCCAAGAGUGUUUGAAAGGGAGCUGGCAGCAGAGAGGCAUUCGAGGGCUUGAGGAACACUACCAGAUUUCCGUCGUUACUCCACAUCGGUGCCCGGACCAUGGUUGCCCCGCACCAGGCGAUGCAACCCUUUCAGCAGCCCCGGGGACAUCCCCAGUUCCAACCGAUGCAGACGAUGCAAAACUCACCGUUAUUCCAGCAAUCCCGGUCACAGCAACCGCUGCACGCUCAGCCGCCACAGCAGUCGCAGGCUCAGCAGCUACAGCACGCUCAGGUAUCGCCACAGUCGCAGCCAUUACAACACUCUCAACAGCCGCAGUCCACCCAGUCCUCUCAGCAGCCGCAGCUGUACCAGCAGCCUCAGCAGCCGCAGCUGUACCAGCAGCCUCAACCGGCCCAACAGGCUCAGCAGCCUCAACCGGCCCAACAGGCUCAGCAGCACACGCCCGAGCAAGUCCACUCGCAAAUCCAGAUACCAUCAAGUGUCGAUCCCGGUCAAUCACGACCCAACAACGGGUAUUUCCUAGGAGAAAUUGAUCCCCUAGACUAUGUUCAACAAUCAUCGUCAGCUGCAAUGUCAGUCAGACCCAGCGGUCUUAUUGGAGAGCUCGACAGAAGAUUUGCUCAAAUUGGUCGGAAGGUCGACGCUGUUAGAAUUUUACUGGAAAAUCUCGGGCGAGUUGUGGAACAACAACACCAAGAAUCGUCAGAGGAGUCUAGAAUACUGAGUGGCAGAAUCGCAGAGGUGGAUCUCAAGUCGGCGAAGAAUGUGGCGACGGUUCUUAAGGCCAUUCACAAGUUGGGAGAGCACAAUCAUGAUAUGAUCAAGGAUAUUAUCUCCUCCGGGUUGAGCGAGAGAGUUCUGCCCCAGCCCGAACUCGACCAGAACGGAACCUUCGGCGACUUCAUCAAUUCCUAGUCCCAGCCAUAAUUGAACCCAGUUCAUAGGUUCGGAUAUGUACUGUUCCCAGGUUUUUGGUUUGUUGUAUAUGAGCAAAACAUAAAUGGGUCGGACUACAGUUGAUGUCAGAUGUGCCGUUAUUCUUUAAGAUAUCGAGCCGGCGAUUAUGCAAUAUAUCUCUAUGGAAUCUCCG